UAGGGGGGAUUUGACUCACACUCGUUCCCGUAAAACAGGAACACACGGUCAAGGCGGUCCUAGAAGGGUAGCCUAUACCGCUAUUCUUCCAAUGUACCAACAACGACGCAUAAAAAAUAACUUCUGUCGUCGGUAAAGGGCAAGUGGCCUACCUCUAUGUUGUUCAACUAUGUCCACUACACAUGGAAGCAGCGGUUCAACUUAAGCCCACCAACAAACAGUCGACAAAGCGAAUGCAAUCCCUUGAGGCUAACUGAGAAACCAAAGAAUUUGGAGCAAGAACUUCUUUAAGGGCCAAUACUUAACUCGGGACUGGGAAAUGGAGGAAGCAUCUGCCACGAUAGCUGGGCCAGAGAUGAAGAUAGUUGCCCUGUUUGUGCUUCUCUUUGCAACUCUCCUUUUCGGUGCUGCUCCCCUGUUUAUUACAGGGCGGACAGGCCGCUGGGGCACCAACCCAGAGUUCCGCCGUAAAGGGUUGACUUACAUGAGCUGCUUUGCUGGGGGGGUGUUUUUGGCCACCUGCUUCUUGGACCUGCUCCCUGACUAUCUAGAAAAGGUCAACCGGGCGUUUCAAAAUGCUGGCAUUACGCUGCAUUUCCCCCUGCCUGAGUUCAUCAUGGCCAUGGGCUUCUUCAUGGUUCUUGUGAUGGAGCAGAUCGUCCUGGCCCUGCGAGAUGAGUCGGGCAGCAUCUCAGAGGAGAGGCAAGCUCUCCUGGUGGGCUCCUCCAUCCAAGGCCAGUACCAGGACGAGGAACACCCAAGGCACACGCCACAUCACCAAGUCGCGCCCUCCUUGUUGAUCCACCACCACCACGCGAGCGCCAUCCCCAGCAGACCAGGCCCCGCCGCCGGCGCCGGAGGAGAUGGCGUACACCUCCACGUGGACUUAAACUCCCACUCCGCCAUCCGCGCCUUCAUCCUGGUCUUCUCGCUGUCGCUGCACUCGGUGUUCGAGGGGCUGGCCGUGGGGCUGCAGCAGGACGCGUGGCGCGUGCUGGAGACCAGCCUGGCCCUGCUGCUCCUCAAGAGCAUCGUGGCCUUCAGCCUGUCCCUCAAGCUCAUCCAGAGCCGACUGAGGCGCUCGGCCGUGGUGGGCAGCCUGCUGCUCUUCGCCCACAUGUCACCACUUGGCAUCGCACUGGGCAUUGCCUUCACGGAGAUGAAGACCAUACCGCAGUACCAGCUGGCCGGUGCCACGCUGGAGGGACUGGCUGCGGGCACAUUCGCCUACAUCACCUUCAUGGAGAUCCUGCCGCACGAGCUCGGCUCCCCUAAGCACCGCAUCCACAAGGUGGCGCUGUUGCUCACCGGAUUCGCCGUGGUGACUGGAGUGCUGUUCAUCAAGCUGUGAGGUGGUGAAGUGAGGGGCAGAGGAUGUCUCGUGUCGACUGUUUUAUUAGAGCAUUUCACAGUUGUUGUGGACACAGUUAAUGCAGUUAAUUUUUUUUGGUGUAAUUCUGAAAUUACAGGAUAGAGUGAAUUCCUUCAAUGGAGCUUGCACACCUCAGGAGAAUGAGAUGCAAUACGUUUGAAUGUAUUUUUAUGUACAGGGCCCACAGUAGCUGUUGUUUUGACUGACAUUUGGGCAACGUUUUGUGAAGACGUAGCUGAAAUUACAAAGUUACAAUGUGUGUUAGUCCUAAUGCACAAUGCAAAAAUAUCCGUACCACCAUACAUUGCGUAAUACCCUUAGUAGGCCUGCUAUUUGUAUUCAUGAAUUUAACAUUAAUUGAUAUGAAUAUGGUUUGUUUAAAUUAGUCACAAUUUAAUAACUAUUUCCGCAUUCAGAGUAUUAUCAUGUUAUUUGGCCACUAAGUGGCUUUUGUCAGGUGUGUGAAAAUAAAAAAGUAGACAUAC